AUGGCGUACGUUGUCUUCGUAGAGUACGCCCGCACGAUCGGAGACGGAGAAAUCGCGGAGAGGAACCUCAAGUUCAUUGCCCUCAUGGUAAAAGAUCUGCACAUGGUAGAAGUUGAUGAAGGAGUUGGACGAAUCGGAGAAGUUGCGCAAAAGCUGCACUUCCUCGAAGCUGAUGAAGUCUUCGCGGAAUUGGGCGCGCUACAGAUCGUCACCCUUUUCGUCCAAUACCAGCAGCAGACAAUGCUUUAUGGUAACGUUGCGUGGGCCAAACUGACGCGCGACGACACGGUGGUUGGUGUCCGGUUCUCAGAGGUAUCUGCUUACACUGGAUUGCGUCGAGUAGCUACCUUUAGGGGGAAUAAGGCUUCCUGA